CAUCGUGCAGUUUGUUUAGUUUUCUAAUCGAAAAGGCGAUUUAGGGCUCCAUUGUAAACAAAGUAAUAAUGGAAUCAUCGCAGCUUUCGUCAAAUAAAACAUGGACAGAGGAGGAACGUUUGGCUUUGGCAGCUAAAUUAGAUGCUGAACUUGAUGAAUUCAUUGAUAGUUUGGAAAAAAAGCGUUAUGAAGAAGGUUGGCCUGAAGAUCGUUGGCAAGAGGAAAUGGAAAAACAUCCAUUUUUCAUGAAGACUGCGCCACAACCAGGAGAUGAAGUGCAUCCAAUGUUCGAAGGACUACAAAAAUUAAAGUAUGAUCCCGAAGAAAAUACAAAAGAGGAUUUAGCUUCUAACUAUAAAGAAGAUGGCAAUUUCUAUAUGAAGCAUAAGAAAUUUCGUAUGGCAGUUUAUAGUUACACGGAGGGGCUUAAAAUUAAAUGCGACAAACCCGAGGUACAAGCUGCUCUCUAUAACAAUCGUUCAGCUGCUCAAUAUUUUUUAAAAAAUUAUAGAUCUGCAUUACUCGAUGCCCAGCUUGCUUUGAAAAACAAACCGGACUAUACAAAAGCGCGCUGGCGUGCUGCCCAAUGUGCUUAUGAACUUGAAAAAUUUGAUCAAUGCCAAGAGUUGUGUGAAUCUUUAUUGGAAAUAAAUUUGGACGAUACAAAUGCCAAAGAACUGCUGAAGAAGAACAAAGCUAAAAAAAUGGAAAUAGAACGAAAUCAGCGAAAAGAGUUGGCGGAGAAAAAGAAAAUAUUGACCAAAUUUCAACAUUUAAUUUCUGUCCUUGAAGAGCGUGCUAUUAAAUUUGACGACCAACCAAAGGGUAAACCUAUAACAAAAGAAUUGUUACAACCCAAAUUCCUGCCGUUAGAAGAAUUUCCAGUACACCUCGACGAAGAUAAUGAGACACUUAUAUGGCCUACUUCAUUUUCAUACCCAGAAUUUUUAUACAGUGACUUUCAACAGGAACUUUCAGAAAAAGUUAUUAUGCAAGAUUGUAUUUAUACAUUGUUUAACGAACCUUUACCUUGGGAUACAGCAAAAAAUUAUCAACCUGAUAGUAUAAACGUUUACUAUGAAAAUCGGUUAGCCGGACGAGUACAUAAAGUUGAUCUAAAUAAGUCGAUAAAAGAGAUCAUCAAUGAAAACAGUUUCUUUAUUACUGGUGGUUCUCUCCUAUUCUACGUAGUACCCAUAAACUCGCGUGCAGAACAGGAAUUCUUAUAUCAACAAAGACGUCCAUUGGCACUGACGUAAGCUUGAUCAGCUUGACUUUUACUAUAUUGAUAAACUUAUGAACUUUUUUAAAGCUUAAUUAAUAAUAUAAAUGCAUUCAACUAAAUAAAUAUUAUAUACU